CUCUCUCUCUCUCAUUCUUUCUUCCUGUCUCUCCCUGUCUCUUUCUCUCUGUCUGUCUCUCUCACUCUCAUUGUACUUCUCCCUCUCCCUUGCUCUGUUCAUGUGUCCGGUGUACAGUGGGCCAACACUGUCGAGUGCUAAUCUAAGCGGGAAGCCGACAGCGUGUGAAACGAACAGUCCAGCUAAAAGAAAGACAGCAGAGACAGGAAAAGGAAUCCCGUGGAGGGCGUGGGGAGGAUCAGAGGAGCCUGGCUUCCCUGGGAGAGCGCAGUGGAGCGUGGAGAGCUGGAGUGUAAUGUGAUGGGACGUGGAGUCCCUUCCCACCGCAGCUUGCUGAUGUGAUUGGUCUCCGGGGCUCACUGCUUCAAAGUGAACUCGCACCCUGUGGCAAGAGCAUGGGAUUCACUCUCACACACACUCUCACUCUCAGAGACGCUCUCUCACACACACAAAUCACACGGGCACCUGGGCUCACGCUCACAUACGCCAUCAGCUUUUCUGACCGACGGCGUGCUUGUGGAGAGAGUCCCGUGUGACACUUACUGGCUUAAGCGCAUCAGAGCUGUGUGCAGCAUCCGUGGCUGCUACUCUCACUACGCUUAGAAGGGAGGAAAGGAGUUGCUACCUGGGACACCUGCCCUACCUCUUAAGGAGGGGUGUCGCCCUCCCCACAGUGCCCGCCGCGGGACGUUCUUAGGACGCGUUCCACUUGUCUGUCGGGCCGUGUGGCCCCUCGCUGCACAGGGGCCACCCGUGGGGACUUUCCGCCGGCAUGCAGGUGUCAUUCGUGUGCACGGACCACCGGACAGUGAGCCGCAGCACGGAGGAGAGGCUGAACCGGCAGAACACCGGCAGCCCCAGCAUGGGCGCCAAGAACAAGUUCCGCACCGUUGCGAUGGUGGCACGGAGCCUGGGCCAGCUCACCGUGCACGCCGCACCCUCCUCCAGUGAGCACUGCCUGAGGACCGGCAUGAAGUACAGAAACCUGGGGAAGUCUGGCCUGCGAGUGUCCUGUCUGGGCCUGGGAACAUGGGUAACCUUCGGAGGUCAAAUAACAGACGAGAUAGCAGAGGACCUGAUGACGCUGGCGUACGAAAACGGCAUCAACCUGUUCGACACGGCCGAGGUUUAUGCCGCGGGCAAGGCCGAAAUGGUUCUUGGUAGCAUCAUAAAGAAGAAAGGCUGGAGGCGCUCCAGUUUGGUUAUUACCACCAAGAUCUACUGGGGCGGAAAAGCAGAAACAGAAAGAGGCUUGUCCAGAAAACAUAUAAUAGAGGGUCUGAGGGCAUCUUUGGAGAGAUUACAGUUAGAGUAUGUUGAUGUGGUAUUUGCUAACAGGCCGGACCCCAACACUCCGAUGGAAGAGACAGUGCGUGCGAUGACCCAUGUGAUUAACCAAGGCAUGGCCAUGUACUGGGGGACAUCUCGCUGGAGCUCCAUGGAGAUCAUGGAAGCGUACUCGGUAGCACGGCAAUUUAACCUGAUCCCACCCAUCUGUGAGCAGGCUGAGUAUCACAUGUUCCAGAGGGAGAAAGUAGAGGUGCAGCUGCCCGAGCUCUACCACAAGAUAGGUGUGGGAGCCAUGACAUGGUCUCCUCUGGCCUGUGGAAUCAUCUCUGGGAAGUAUGACUGUGGUGUACCACCUUGUUCACGCGCCUCCCUGAAGGGCUACCAGUGGUUGAAGGACAAGAUCCUGAGUGAGGAAGGCCGGAGUCAGCAGGCGAAGCUGAAAGAGCUGCAGGCCAUCGCGGAGCGGCUGGGUUGCACCCUGCCCCAGCUGGCCAUCGCGUGGUGUCUGAGGAACGAGGGCGUGAGCUCUGUGCUGCUGGGGGCCUCGAAUACCGACCAGCUGCUGGAGAACAUAGGAGCCAUCCAGGUUCUUCCGAAGUUAUCAUCAUCAAUCGUUCAUGAGGUGGACAGUAUCUUGGGCAACAAGCCAUACACUAAAAAGGACUACAGGUCCUAGAGGAAGUGCUUCUCUGCUCAGGGUUUGUUUGACUGAGCUCUGACUGUACAAGACUUGGGCACACAGGAUGGGCACAGUCGCAGGUCCUGCAGGGAAGGCCAGCUCACAUGCUCAACAGAGUUUAAUGACUUUAGCUUCAGACGGACGUGGGGGAGACGGCGCAUUCACAGGCAGAAUCAGCUAGACCAACCAGACAAAGUGGAACACUCUUUAAAACCAGGAAGCAGAGAAUCAACACACGCUCAUCCGCUAGCUUGCUUUUUCCCCUUUUAGAUGAGUUCUAGUAAACGCCUAGGGUUCCAGAGGGAAUUCUGGAACGAGAGCUGCAUGUGAGCCACAGGCCUGAGCACAUGCUUUUAGGAAAUAUAACCAUUUUAGAAAUGCUAUUGGGAAAUAGUCAGCGUAUCAUUCUUAAUAGCAUUGGUCAAGCACUUUAGUCACUGACAAAUCUGUAAUGACAUUAUACAAUGCAUUUUUGGAAAUCGAUGUAGUCAAAAAUUCAUGCCUUGUACAUGUUAUUCAUUGACAACCUCUGCCUGGAGAUGUCAGUUGGAUCCACUUCUCAGAUCACUUAUAAGGACUACUGCUUAGAUAUCCUUAACCUCUGUAAUGUCUUACAGGGGUUUCUACUAACCUCAUGUUAGUAGGGAUGUUUUCAAAUGGGUCACAUCCUGAUUUCAAAUUUGGCAUUUCCUUAAACCAGUUCAUUUCCUAAAUAUAGAAAAAUGAAUAAUUGUACUUAACAUUUAACAUUAUAAAUGGCCUGAGUUUGCUUAGAAAGGCUUUUUGUCCAAAAGAUGUGCCCUUAUUCUCUUAAGCCUUUUUUGAACCCAUUAUUACAGGACAAGAAGGGAGUGAACUGUUUUAAUAUUACAGUCCAAAUUAUAACAAUGAGCUGCAAUGGUUCAAUGGGCUAAAACCAAAGAGUUCUUAUGUGUGCAUUCUUUACUUUUGUUUUAAAAAAUCUUACAUAUUGAAAAUACAACUGUAAAAUAGGUUAUGAAUGUUUCUGGACAAUUUCUGUUCUUUUGGAUGAUAAAUCCACAUAUCAUAUGAUUAUUAUUAAUCUUGUGUAAUUUAUCUUGUAUCUAUGUGUUAGUGGUAUUCCAUAUUUGCUGAAUUGCCUUAAUUCUCAGUAUUCAAAGUAAUUCUUUGUUUUUUGUUUACCCUUGAACAUGUAUUUACUUUUAUAAUUUGUUUAUGCUUUUGUCUUUCUUUUUCGGUUGUUUGCUUGUGGUCCUGUCUUCCAUUUAGUGGAUUAUUACCGGCUAUCAGUGGCGUAACUACCGGUGCGCUUGGGGGGUGCUGGCAAUGGUGUUAGGGCAAGCAGCUACCCGGUACAUCAGAAUUUACCCUGUGCAUCUGUAAUUCACAAACAUAUCCUUUAAUUUAACAUUAUCUCUGAUCAGCCAACAUAAAUAUAUGCUAUUUUACGUAGCCUGAUAUUCUUUUAUGCCCCUCAUUCAUAAUGCAUCCCCUCCAUGGUAGACAAAUGAACUAAACUGAUCUUUCUAACAUGACAAAUUCAUUAUUUCUAAAUCUAAAAUACUAAAACAUGAAGAAAGUAAUUCAAUUGAAAUAUAUAUUUUAGCAAAAUAUCCACAAAUUGUAAUUGUUCUUGGGGGGGAAAAUCCUUAUUUGGCCAGUAGCGCGUUUCCUAAAUAUUACGUAUAUUUAGCCUAUUGUGACCCAAUAAGAUCCUAGUUACACCACUGCUGGCUGCUAAUGUUGCAAAAUGUUGAAUACAGUGUAAUUUAAGGUUUUGUUCUAUUACUGGCUCCAACAAACAAUCUCAGAGGUACUGAAGUGGUUUGAAGUGACAGAUUGCUAAUGAGUGUCUUGCUUCUCUUGUGAAUUCAGUUCUCUGUCCUUUGGUUUGACCAGUGGCUCCCUCUACUGAGCAGAGGGCUGUAACUGAGCCAUAGACAUAACUACAGCAACACCAAAUCCUCUCACCAACUAACUCCAUCUCAUUUAGGGCUGUAACACUUAUCACUGUUAAAAUAUAACCGAAGGCACUCUGGAACUAUAAACAUACUUUUACAAGGAACAGUUCUUCAGUUGGGAUAUUUACAGUGGCUCAUAGUGUUGUCUCCUUUCUGCUUCAUAUGAGCCACGGUUAACCAUCACUAUGCAUGAACAUAUUCCAGGUAGUGUAUCUGUAUGAUGCUUAUUGAAAUUUUUACUUUUAGGCAGUCACAUGUUCAAUAGAGUAGAUAAAAUGUCAUUUCCAGACAAUGUAAUAUUUGUACAGUAGACCAUAAUGUACAUCUUGUACAAAAUUCAGUGUUGGCAGCCACUUGUUAAGCUUGCGUUUGAACUCUGAAAGCUGGUUUAGGGCACUUUAGGGCUUCCUGUAAAAGAUGAGCACUAGGUUUUUACAUGUGACUGUUAAUGGAAGAACACAGACUUAUGACAAGUCAUUUCAUAUCACAGCUGAAGUGAUUGUUACUGUCACUGUUCAGAGUAGAUAUAACUUUCUGAAGACUGUGAACAUCAAUUCUAAAUAAUAAUAAUAAAUAAUAAAAUAGGUCUGUCAAAAAAGAUUCCAUAUUAAUAUCACAAGUAGUUACCCACAGCACUUAUUGAGAGCUCUAGUUAAAGCUUUGAAAAACUGCUUUAACCAAAGAUCCCUGCUGAAUGACACAGGCCUAGCAGUUGGGUCUGUCUGCUACGCUGCGAGCUACUCUAAAUGUUCAAUAAUGUGUUGGGUUGUUUGUUGUGUAACUCGCAAACUGUUUCUAUCCACUCAAAGUGGUCAGUUCUAUGGCAAAUCACUGUAUAUACAGUGUGUGCUUUUGCACAUCUGGUAUCAUUGCAAUGGUUUUUGAGUGAGCAGCAGAAUUUUCCAUGUUUGCACUUGUGGUAUGUCAUUAGUAUGUCUUCAUUGAAUGUUGAACAAAUGGAGCUGUGUGUGUAGCAUGUGCAGGAUGACAUUAUUAAAGCGUAAAGUUGUUGAUGCAUGUCCUUUAAAGCUUCUGAAACAGCCUAUGCGUGUAAGGGUUUCCUACUAGGAGGGAAUUCUUUUACCCAUAGAGUUAGCUCAAGUUGAAUACCUUGUUGUAAGAUGCUAAGCAAUUCCUAGCCCCAUGUUAUCAAUAGAAGCAGCUAUAUGUAAAUUAAAACAGAUCAUUUUAGAUAUUUGGCUACAAAGAAUUGACAGGAAUGUGGCUGGUAGAUUGAUAGAUUUGUUUAUCAUCAUAUUAAAAUGACUUUAAACGAUCAUUACAUGCUUUUUGAUUUAAUUUUCUUGUUGAUACAUAAUAGGAGUUUAAUGGAUGUUAUAAAUUUUGCCUUGGCAAAUGUUUCUUACAUUACGCUUGAAGAAUAUGUACAGCUUUAAACAACUGAAAAUAAAUAAUCUUAAAAAUG